AUGGCAGCCUUCUCGCGGGGUCUCGAUGGAUUCCUCCGCCAUCAAACCUUUCGGCUUCCCUCAUCCCUCCGCGCCGCCCUAUUCGGAAGUCGACGACAAUUUCCCCAGCAGACCACGAUACAAAAUGCUCGAUCCUUCACGUCCUCUGUCCUACGCAGAUACCAGUAUCCAACUCGAAGCAGAAUUCCAAUCCCGCCAAAGCCAUCCCUCAGUAAUGACCCUGUCCUGCGACAAGUAGCUCAGACUCGACAACCCGUCACCAUCUACGAGGCCCCGAAUGACAAGUGGUACUAUAUGAAAGUCUAUGGCAUAGCAGCACUGUGGAUUGGCGUUGGAGCAUUCUCCAUCAAGUUCAGUUCUGACAUUGAGGGGCGUGGUCUUUCGUUCUUCGUGAGGCCAACCUAUAUUGUGGUGGGACUAGCUUUCGUCGUCAUUGGCUGCUACAUCAGCACUGCGCCUGCGAGUCGAAUGCGGGCUUUGCAGGUGGUGCCAAGCUUGCAAGGUGGUCCGAUGCAGUUACGUAUGACGGUGCGAUCGGUGCCGUGGGCGAAAGAGCGCACCAUAUACGCGAACCUCGGGGGAGCGACGAUCAGUGAGAAGACCGAACCCAUGGUUCAGGAACUUAUGGAAGCGGAGAGAGCAAGACGUCAGAGAGUUUGGGUAGAUAUGGAGCACCUAUCACUCCCUGGGCGGAUAUGGGAAGGCUCUGCUCGAUGGGUGCAUCAGAAGUGGACGAGCUUCUUUUUGAGGUUCAAAUUUGCUGUCUUGCGCUUUGGUAUCGCGCAGGUGGAGGUGCAAGGGGAGAAAUGGAAGAUUGACUGCUCUGGCUGGCUUCUGGAGAAUGGCAAAGCUGUCGAUCGUCUCAUCCCUGUGGACUGA